AUGGCGCUUUCGAAACCCAAAAACUCCCAAAAUGUAGAGCUCCUGAAGUCCGACAUCGCAUCCUUCGCUUCCUCAAUCGGCCUCUCUUCCUCUCUCCCCUCCUCCGGCUUCGACGACUCCGAUUUCCGCAAGACCGGCCCUCUCAAGCCUGUCAACCAAAAAACUUCAAAGCAACCAAAGACCCAAAGCUUUAAAAAGCCCCAAAGCUAUAAAAAGCCACAAAACAAUGACAAGCCCAGCGAUAACAAGAAGAAACAGCGGCUCAACCAUAAGGUGCAACCCUUGCUGUCCAAUACUUCAAAAGGAAUUGAUAACAAAUUGAUGAAUCUCCCCAAACUUCCACUGGUGAAAGCGAGUUCAUUGGGCGUGUGGCAUAUGGAUUUGGCGGAAUUGGAGGAGAAGGUGAUUGGAAAGGAAGCGAAUAAGACCGUUGAGUUUAAAAAUGUGGAGGAAUGGAAGAAAUUGGUGGAGAAGAAGAAAGAAUUAGCAGAGAGGCUGUUGGCACUGUACGCACAGGACUAUGAGUCGUCCAGGGGGCAGAGUGGGGAUAUAAAGAUGCUCACUGCUACGCAGAGGUCCGGAACCGCCGCCGAUAAGGUGUCCGCUUUUUCGGUAAUGGUUGGGGAAAAUCCAAUCGCGAAUAUGAGAUCACUUGAUGCUCUUAUAGGAAUGAUUACAUCAAAAGUAGGAAAGCGCCAUGCAUUGACAGGUUUUGAAGUGCUAAAAGAACUUUUUAUUUCGAGUCUGUUACCUGAUCGUAAGCUGAAGACUCUAUUUCAGCGGCCUCUACAUCAUCUUCCUGAGUCUAAAGACGGUUACUCUCUUCUACUCUUCUGGUAUUGGGAGGAUUGCCUGAAGCAGAGGUAUGAACGCUUUGUGUUUGCCCUUGAGGAAGCAUCAAGAGAUGUGUUAGCUAUAAUAAAAGACAAGGCAUUGAAGACAAUAUACACAUUGCUGAGGAGCAAAUCAGAGCAGGAGCGGCGAUUGCUCUCUGCACUAGUCAACAAGGCUGCAUCUAAUGCUGAUUUUCACUUAUCGAGGCUUUUGUCUGACCAUCCAAAUAUGAAGGUUGUGGUGAUUGACGAGGUGGAUAAAUUUCUUUUUCGGCCUCAUUUGGGAUUACGAGCCAAGUACCAUGCUGUUAACUUCUUAAGUCAAAUUCGUCUGAGUCACAAGGGAGAGGGCCCUAAGGUGGCAAAGCGUUUGAUAGAUGUAUAUUUCGCUCUGUUUAAGGUAUUAAUUUCGGAGGCUGGUGGAGAACUUAAGAUGAACAAAGACAGCAAAGAAGGACACAAAAAAACUUCCAGCUCUUCCAAAGCUAAUCAAGUGAAAAGCCCGGUGGAAUCUCAUGUUGACAUGGAUUCCCGUUUAUUGUCAGCUCUUCUAACAGGGGUUAAUAGAGCAUUUCCUUAUGUUUCAAGCAAUGAAGCUGAUGACAUUAUUGAGGUCCAGACACCUAUGAUAUUUCAGCUGGUUCAUUCAAAAAACUUUAAUGUGGGCGUUCAAGCACUAAUGCUUCUUGAUAAGAUCUCAUCCAAAAAUCAGAUUGUCAGUGAUCGAUUUUAUCGUGCCUUGUAUUCAAAAUUGCUGCUUCCAGCUGCCAUGAAUUCAUCCAAGGAAGAAAUGUUUAUUGGGCUACUUCUGAGGGCUAUGAAAAGUGAUAUUAAUCUAAAGCGAGUGGCUGCCUUCUCAAAGCGUUUGUUACAGGUUGCCCUUCAGCAGCCGCCUCAGUAUGCCUGUGGAUGUCUUUUCCUCCUCUCUGAAGUUCUUAAAGCAAGGCCACCUCUUUGGAACAUGAUGCUUCAGGAUGAGUCAGUUGAUGAAGAUCUUGAGCAUUUUGAAGAUAUUGUAGAAGUAGAAAGUCAAUCAAGCCCCACAUCGGAGCAACCCUCGUUGGAGAAACCAGAUAAUGCUGGUGAGGGUUCACCAAGCAGCAGUGGUAGUGAUGCUGACAGUGAUGAAUCACUUGACGAAGGUGGAAAAGCAAUUUCUCUCUUUUCAGAUGAUGUUUCAGAUGAAGCAGAUGAUGUGCUUAUGGGAGGUAGUUUGAACAAUCCGCAGGAAUCUAAAAUGAAGGCUGCUGACAAUGGACACCAAUCUCAGCAGUCAAACACGGAGUCUUCGUUGCCUGGUGGGUACAACCCAAGGCACAGGGAACCUUCUUACAGCAAUGCAGAUCGUGUAAGCUGGUGGGAGCUGAUAGUACUGGCUUCACAUGGGCACCCAUCAGUUGCUACCAUGGCCCGAACCCUUCUUUCUGGGACCAACAUUGUGUACAAUGGGAAUCCACUAAAUGACCUUGCACUUACUUCUUUCCUGGACAAGUUCAUGGAGAAGAAACCAAAGCAGAGCACAUGGCAUGGUGGUUCCCAAAUUGAACCCGCCAAAAAGCUCGACAUGAACAACCAGUUGAUUGGGGCAGAGAUUCUUUCUUUGGCUGAAAUGGAUGUACCCCCAGAAGAUCUCGUGUUCCACAAGUUUUACAUGAAUAAAAUGAGUUCCUCAAAGAAGCCAAAGAAGAAAAAGAAGAAAGGAGCAGAGGAUGAGGCUGCUGAAGAGUUGUUUGCAGUGGAUGGUGAGGAUGAAAGUGACAAUGAAGAAAUCGACAGCAUAUUGGACUCUGCUAAUCCUUUCUUGGAGGCAGAUGGGGAUUAUGAUUAUGAUGAUUUGGACCAAAUUGCUAAUGAAGACGAUGACGACUUGGUUGGUAAUGUAAGUGAUGAAGAGAUGGACUUGCCUUUGGGCAUUGGUGAAGGAGAAGAUGAUGAUGUUAACCAGAAUGACAGCGACGAUGCUGCUGCAGCUGAUGAUGAUAUAGGAAUUGUAGGUGACGGGAAUAAUGUAGGGGAUACAUAUGAUGGGAAGAAGAGGAAAAGGAAAUCCAAAGGACUUGUCGCAUCCCCAUUUGCAAGUCUUGAGGAUUAUGAGCAUCUGUUGAACAAGGAGAGGCCACCGAAAAGCAGAUCUGCAGAAGAAAAAAAGUUUAAAUCCAAAAAGAAGAGAAAGGCGUCGAAGUGAGUUUUACAUUUGCCUUUAUACCUGCCCAUGUCAUGAACAUUGUUCAUGAUAAGAGUUUUGAAUCCUCAUUGUUUCGAUUGACUUAUAAAUUUUGAUACUAGAUUGUACUCUUAUGUCUGCUAGAUUAACAUAGGAGAAAGUUGAAUUUAGAUUCCUCCUGAUAUAAUUUAUAUCAUUGUUAAUGUUUAAGUGGCAGGGAAAUGUACACACACAAGCUGCUGGAAACCCGUGUGUUGUCCUGUUUUCUUUCUUUUCUUUUGGAUCAACUAAAAAACUAUACAUUUUUCCUUUAGAUUUUUGUUCACCAUCCAAGUAGUGCAUGU